AUGGCUGAGGUUGAAGAGGAGAUGGAAGUGGAUGCGGAUGUAGAGAAUCAACAUUUCCAUAGUCCACGAAGAAAGCGACCACAUCACAAUGCUGACUCGCAAAUUAGUUUCUUGGAAGUUGCUGGCCGUGUCGCUGGCGUAGAACUAGAAAAUUUUAUGUGCCAUGGUCGACUAAAAGUCGAUUUUGAUACCGCUAAUAACAACUGCUUCUACAUCGGGGGACCAAACGGAAGUGGUAAAAGCGCCCUUUUUGCUUCCUUGAAUAUAGGCCUCGGUGGUCGAGGAAACGAUAAUGACCGUGGACCAUCCGUGAAAACCUUACAUAAAGAAGGUAAAAACAAGGCCAAAAUUCGAUUAAUUUUGACAAAUAGAGGAUUGGGAAGCCACCCGGACUACGGAGACUUCGUAGUAGUUGAACGAACAAUCACUCCAUCUUCCUCGACUUACAUCCUCAAAAGUAUUACUGGCUCCGGUAGAAACCAGCAUGAGAGGGUUGUUUCAAAAAAGAAAACUGAUUUGGAUCAGCUGAGGAUUCGGUAUGGUAUCCAGCUUAGCAAUCCUAUAUUCUGGAUGAGUCAAGAUAGGUCUCGGCAUUUUUUGCAGCAAAUGAAACCUGAUCGAUUAUACAAGAUCUUCAUGCAUGCCACUGAACUUGAACACACUAAGGAAUGUUAUGAAAAGUGCGAACAAAUUGUUACUUCUAUAGGAGCUAUGUGUAAAUCGAUGAAAUCUGAUUUCGAGAAACAGAAGAGAGAAUAUCAGUCAAUGGUGGAAGAGCGUCGAAGACUGCGUACCAUACAGGAGAUGCGAAAUAAGCAGAGUGAAAUUGGAUGGAUGUUAUUGUGGUGCCCAUUGAGGGAUGUUCUUGAGGAGAUCCAAGUUAUUGAGAAGAAGCGAGAGAAGUUUCAAAAGGAGCUGAGAAUACUCCAGGAGGGAAUCGAGGAGGGCAAGUCCAAGAAAGAGGACUGCGCCACCCAGGCAUCCGUGCUACGGAAUCGACUAGAAAAGAAGAGCAGCGGCCUUCGGAGUUCGAGAGAAAAGAUGAGUUCAUUGAAGGCAACGAUAAGUAAUCUCAAGAGCGACUUAGGUGGUCAAGAUUCGAAGCAACGAGCGCUAGAAGCUAGUCGCGUAUCACUGGAGAAACGACGCGACCGAUUGGUCGAGCAAAUUGCAAGCUACGAAGAGGAGUCACAGUGUGAGAAACGAAAAGAAGAGGUGGCUCUCACGAAAAAGAAGAUGGAAAAGAUCAAUGAGAAAAUCGUUCGAGAAGCUCGUCGGAUCCCUGGGAAGAUAAGGGAGUUAGAGCAAGAAAUCCAUCGGAGUGAGAUGACAGCCAACAAUGCAUUGAUGAGAUUCGGUGAGAAUGUGCCGAGAAUCUUGGAGGUGAUGAACGCAAAUGCCGAAAGGUUCGAACAUGUGCCAAAAGGGCCUAUUGGAAUGCAUAUCAAGGUCCGUGACCGGAGGUGGGCGUUUGCUAUUGAGGAAGCCACUCGACGUUUGUUGACAUCAUUUGUGUUCAACUCGAAGCGAGACCAUCAAAUCUUUGAACGCCUGAUGAAGAACAACCGAAUAAGCGGGGCAUUGCCUAAUGCAAUAUUUGCCAAAAAUGUCUUAAUCGAUAUGGCAACCGUAGAAGGCACAGUUCUUCUCAAAUCAGACGAAGACGCUCGUCGUAUCAUGGAUGGACUAUGUCCAGAAAAAUGUGUCCGUGCCUACACGGCAACCGGCGGUAUGGCUAUGGGCCGCAAUCGACGUGGAGAAGGCUUUUACCGUUUCUAUGCUUGUCGAUCUUCACCGAGAGUUGUUCUGCUUUCGGAGCAAGCAACUGUGGCUGAUGUAGAGUAA